AAAUAAAUAAAAGUCGGUUCGUUAAUUUUAGGACUGUAAAUAUGAAAUUAGAGAACUCAAACGUCUAUGGCGGAAACUUUGAGCAACCAAUCCAUGGAGAAAUUAUCAGAGAGGCUCUCUGUACUGGAUAACCUCUAUUUCCCGCGCGCUCACCAAUCAUCCGCCUCUACUCCGUCACAACGCAAAUCCCUCCUACUCGACCUUCUCUCUCGCGAUGUGCCCCUCUUUUUAGAACGUUAUGGGACGCAGUUAACAUCAGACGAGCUUAAUGAAUUUGAAACUUUGAAAUAUGAUUAUGAAAUCAAUUGGCAUCUGAAUCAUCUGAGGAGUGUUAUUAGCCCGACACAAGAAGAUCUAAAGUCCAGGUCAGUUAAGAUUAAGAACAGACGGCGAGCUUAUCUGGACAAAUUAUUAAGUGAUGGACAGUACUUCUCAGAGGACGCAAUGAGGGAACGAGAGCCAUAUUUGCACCAUGAGUAUUUGGGGAAGUUCCAAGAUCCAAGUGGGAGGAGCAUGGCGAGACCAGGGGAACGAUGGUCUGAGACACUAAUGAGGCAGUCAGAAGAGGCAGCACUUGUUAAGAAAAUUAGGGAUGAGCAGCAGAGACGAGGUGUAGCUCAGAGUGAUUGGGUCGGGUUUGACGCUCAGGAACUUGAAAAUAUGCAGGAGGAGGAGGAAGAAGAAGAAGAAACAGAGGAGGAGGAAGAAGAAGAAGAUGAGGAGGAGGAGCAAGACAAAGAUGAAAAGGACAUGUCAACUAAUAGACAAGAGGUUCAUCCAAAUAACCCUGAUGCUUCGGAUGACACGCCAUCAGAGAGGAGAAGACCUGCUAUGAUGGAUUCUCUGUCAACAGAGGAGAUGCAAGAGCGACUGGACCAGUUCGCUUACAUCAUGCAGGAAAAGUUUUUAUUAGGAGAAGAUGGUUUGGAUUACUCAAAAAUUGACGAGGAUGAGACCUUGGAUGAUCAUUGGAUGAAAGAAGCAAAUUAUGAUGCUGAGGAGAAGUACUUUGAUGAUGACUGAGCUUAAUUACCGAGUGGUAUCUAGCUUUUGAUACUACAUAAGUACACAUCUUAACAAGUUUCUAUCAUGUAUAUGUUGUUAGCGCUGUAUGCAAGUAUGCUUAGGUUUAAUAUGGUUAAUGUAGCUGAAGAUCGAUGGCUGGGUUUUGUUUUUUAAAGUUGCUUCCUAUCGA